CGUAGAAGUUAUCCAAAGCUCUACUCUCUUUCAUUCUUUAUUUUUGUCUCUAUUCUUAUCCUUUUUUGUGGUUUUCAUUUGAUGGAAUUUCCGUGAGGACAACUUUUAUUUUUGUGGUUUACUCUUAUCACUUUUGCCUUGUUGGCUUUAUUUUCAAUGACAAUUUUGUUAUUAUAAGGGCAAAUAUCACACUUCUCUACUCCUUGAUGAUACUUCUCAAGUCUUGAAUUCUAAUUAUAAGGAAUAUUAUUGAGGAUUAAUUCUUAUUAAUUAUGGCUGGAAAAUUAAGGAAAUGCAUGCUAAUGUGUUGUUCAAGAAAGUCUCUCAAUCAGGUUACGAAAAUGGCAGAAGAUUCAUACGAAGACGCCAUUGCAGGACUGAAAAAGCUUCUCAGUGAAAAGAAUGAGCUGGAAGACACAGCUGCGGCGAAGAUAAGGCAGUUGACGGCGGAGCUGGAAGGCGCCAACGGGAAAAAGUCCGACCCGGAUGAGAAGAUCCGAUCCGGAUUCGCGCAUUUCAAGGCGGAGAAAUAUGAGAAAAACCCAGAGUUGUAUGGACAACUUGCCAAAGGUCAAAGCCCUAAGUUCUUGGUUUUUGCUUGCUCCGAUUCUCGAGUUUGCCCAUCACACAUCCUCAAUUUCCAACCAGGAGAAGCUUUUGUUGUCCGUAACAUCGCCAACAUGGUCCCUCCUUACGACCAGACAAAAUAUUCUGGAGUGGGAGCAGCAGUCGAAUAUGCAGUUGUCCACUUGAAGGUGGAGAAUAUUUUGGUGAUUGGGCACAGCUGUUGUGGAGGUAUUAAAGGACUUAUGUCUAUUCCUGAUGAUGGGUCCACUAAAAGUGAUUUCAUUGAAGAAUGGGUGAAAAUCUGCUCAACUGCCAAGGCAAAAGUAAAGGCAGAAUUCUGCGAUUUGGAUCACAAUGAACAAUGCACAAAAUUGGAGAAGGAAGCUGUGAAUGUAUCACUAGGCAAUUUAUUGACAUAUCCAUUUGUGAGAGAAGCUGUGGUGAAGAAAAACAUUGCAUUAAAAGGUGGACACUAUGAUUUUGAGAAUGGAUCCUUUGAGCUUUGGAAUAUUGACUUCAAACUUACUCCUUCUGUUUCACUCUAAACCAUGCAUGUUGAAAAAUUUACAAAUUUUCAUGUAAUCAAUUGUAAUUGUGUUUCAAGUUUUUUUUCUUUACUUGAUUUGCAUUUUGAUGUAAAUGUAUUACUGAACAACAAUGUGGUGUAUCAUCACAUAUAUAAAUAAUGUUAAAAUGGCUGUUUUCAGCUUUGAGCUUAAAUCAUA